CACGUCUUUUUCAACUCGCAGAGAUCAUUCCUCACCUCUUUUCACGCACCCAUCCUCACCCCUUCACGCGCACUCUCCCACGCACACUUCUCAUCGACGCUUUUCCUCCUCCUUUCCUCCGUACAUAAAGCCAUGCCCGAAUACUGGUUCGUGUCCGUUCCUGGCGAGCGCAAUCGCACCGUCACCUUCCAAAACUUCAAGGCAAAGAUCGCCAGUAGCCAGAAUGACUUGAGCGAGGUCACGCCCUUGCCCAUCCCCGAGUUCAAGAUUGGCACUCUCGACACGCUCGUAGUGUUAUCAGAGGACUUGGCCAAGCAAGACACCGCCUUUGAGUCGUCUUGCAACAAACUGGUGGACAUUAUUCGGUCGCUUCUCGGUACUGAUGCUCAUGCGAAGCUCGCGGGCAGUCUUUCAGUGAACGAAAAGACGAUUGACAACUAUCUCAAGACCUUUCAAUGGAACACGAUGAAAUACCGCACGGACAAGUCUUUAGUCGAGUUGGCAGAGAUUUUGAACAAUGAAGUGGCUUCGAUCGACACGCUGAUGAAAAACAAAAUGGCCAACUAUAGUGUCGUGAAGGGCAAUUUGCAAGGAAUCCAGAGACGCGAAGUUGGAAACAUGGCGUCGCGAAAUGUUGUUCCUUUUGUCAAGAAGGAGCACGUUGUCUUGGAUUCUGAAUACCUUGAGACACUUGUCGUCGCUGUCCCAAAGACCCUCUACAAGGAUUGGCAUAACAAGUACGAGACGCUGACGCAGAUGGUCGUCCCUCGCUCCUCCCUAAAAAUCGCCGAGGAUGACGAAUAUGGGCUUUUUACUGUUACGCUGUUCAAGCGCAUCGUGGACGACUUUACGAACAAGUGCCGGGAAGAAAGGUUUAUUGUUCGUGACUUCAAGUACAGUGAGGAUGCGCUUGAAGAGCAAAGGCGUGAACUUCAGGAGAUGGAUGCUUCAGAGAAGGAACUCUGGGCAACUAUCUUGAGACUGGCUAGGACGAAUUUUGGCGAGGUGUUCCAGGCUUGGGCACAUCUGAAAUCUUUGAGAGUGUUUGUCGAAUCCGUACUCCGUUAUGGUCUGCCUCCAGAUUUUGUCGGCUUCACAAUCAAACCGAAGCCCAAGCAGGAGCAAAAGAUUCUUACGAUCUUGACGACGCAUUAUGGCCAUUUGGGCGGGUCGCCCUCGAGCAGAGGAGGUCAUCAUCAGGGCGGCUCUCAUGAAGACAGUGCAGAGGAUGCGAUUCUUGGAUUUAAUGACAAGGACUACAAGCCCUUUGUGUUCUUCUCGCUUAAACUGGACAUCGAGAGACAAUAGAUAAGAAGAAUGAAGUUUGGAUGCAUUGAAGGUGCACAAGGACGAAAAUAUGAGCGAACAAUAAAAAAUACCAGGCGCAUUGAAGCUGGGAUAACAGUGCGCAUGCGACAUCAACCCUUGGCAGCAUUUUUACAAUUUCUUCCUUGAGGGUGUUUUUUUUAUCUUUGUAUAAUACAGCAAAACGAGGUAAUAACAACAAUGAAGACGAGAAGACAAAUAAACAUACACAAUGAAGAUCUAAUAAUAACGGGAAGAUAAAGUGAAACAAAAAUGGUGAAUUAAAGACCAUCCGUGGCUGGCAACUCGUUCAGGACGUGGACUGAGACUGGUGACUCUGAUAAAAGGCGUAGCCAUAAGCCUGCUGCUGUUGUCCCUGCUGCUGCCCUUGCUGUCGUUGCUGUUGCUGUUGUUGC